ACUCGAGUAUUGCCAAUCUCUGUUUUUGCCUCAGAAUUGUUUUGAAGCGCAAAACUGGGUUGUUGGCAAUUAGCUACGUUUGGAAAUAGCCCUCAUUUCAAGUUAUUGAGCUUUUGGCUCCGUCGCUGAGGUACAAGAAUAGACCCAUCGAGCCUGCCUUGAGGUCAGAGCUGACAGCUACCUGUUUGUUGCCAUAUCAGCCUACCUUCAAUCAUCCCCAAACCUGCUGUCAACCCCUCAGGUGGAGAGGCUGGCCCACAGCCAAUCAUGAGCAUGGGUGGGUCUAACAGGAGAGUGAGAGCCACAGACACGAGAGAGAGAGUGAGAAAAUGACCGUGAAAAGCACAGCGUUGAGAUUGUAGGAGGGAUUCAGAGGAACAGAUCAGCCAGAGAGAGUCUGCAGGGAUUCAUACAGAGAGAGAGAGACUGAGAGAGUGAAAAAGAGAGGCAGAGUGGGUGUGUGUGCUAGCGAGCCAAGGUCUUUUCGGAGCUAAACAUAGCAAGGUUGGCAGCAGUGUCAGUGUACAGUAGAUGUGACUCGUAUUUGCCAACGCUGUUUGAGGCCAGCAACUCUUCUCGCCAUGCAUAUUCUACACUCGCACUGCGUCAUAAGGUGGAUCGAUGGCCCGAAAAGGAAAAGAAAGAACAGUUCAUGUUCUGUGAAGAGCAUGUCUGGGUACAUCCCCAGCUACCUGGAGAAGGAUGAACCGUGCGUGGUGUGUGGAGACAAGGCCACUGGCUACCACUACCGCUGCAUCACCUGUGAGGGCUGCAAGGGUUUCUUUCGGCGGACAAUUCAGAAGAACCUCCACCCCGCCUACUCCUGUAAGUACGAUGGCUGCUGCAUCAUCGACAAGAUCACCCGCAACCAGUGCCAGCUGUGCCGCUUCAAGAAGUGCAUCGCAGUGGGCAUGGCCAUGGACCUCGUCCUGGAUGACUCUAAGCGGGUGGCCAAGCGGCGUCUGAUCGAGGAGAACCGGGAGAAGAGGAAGAAGGAGGAGAUGGUGAAGACUCUGCAGAACCGGCCGGAGCCCACCGGCUCAGAGUGGGAGCUGAUCCGCAUGCUGACCGAGGCCCACCGCCACACCAAUGCACAGGGCUCCCACUGGAAACAGAAACGCAAGUUCCUGCCAGAGGACAUAGGUCAGUCUCCCGUGGCCCCCACGUCGGACGGAGACAAGGUGGACCUGGAGGCCUUCAGUGAGUUCACCAAGAUUAUCACCCCUGCCAUCACCCGCGUCGUCGACUUUGCCAAAAAACUUCCCAUGUUCUCGGGGCUGCCUUGUGAGGACCAGAUCAUCCUAUUAAAAGGCUGCUGUAUGGAGAUCAUGUCGCUGCGCGCUGCCGUGCGCUACGACGCAGAGAGCGAGACGCUGACCCUGAGCGGCGAGAUGGCGGUCAAGCGGGAGCAGCUGAAGAACGGCGGCUUGGGCGUGGUGUCGGACGCCAUCUUCGACCUGGGCAAGAGCCUGGCGCAGUUCAAUCUGGACGACACGGAGGUGGCGCUGCUGCAGGCUGUGCUGCUCAUGAGCUCAGACCGCUCGGGCCUCACGAGCAGUGACAAGAUCGAGAAGUGCCAGGAGACCUACCUGCUGGCGUUUGAACACUACAUCAACUACCGUAAACACAACAUUCCCCACUUCUGGCCCAAGCUGCUGAUGAAGGUGACGGACCUGCGUAUGAUCGGGGCAUGCCACGCCAGCCGCUUCCUCCACAUGAAGGUGGAGUGCCCAACUGAACUUUUCCCCCCGCUCUUCCUGGAGGUCUUCGAGGACCAGGAAGUGUGAGUGGUGCCCCCCCCCCCCCCCCCCCCCCCCCCCCCCCCGCUGCCAAAUAGUAGGGUGGCGACUUGGGAAGGAAUGGCUGUUUUUCUGGAGCGGGGGAGAGUUUUGGCAGGACUUGUGUUUCUCCGACAUUUACGUGGUAAACAACAGGCAACAACCACACACCAGCAGCAGAGGUCAAACAAACAAUGAUUUGAGCUUUUAACCAACCACCUCUUCGUACCUGUUUUGGGGAAUCAGUUUGGCGGCCCUCCCUGUCUGAGAAGUCUUAUCCAGUGGGAGUUGCAUCCCUUUGCCAAGGCGCGCGCAGGCACACGCACACACACUCUGGGUCCCUUCCCAGAGCCUUAUCGGCGGCACCUCAUUUGUCACUCGCCACUAGAUGGUGGUCUUCACAGCUUUGCACCGGUUUGAAAUGAUGGCAACCAUGUUUUAAACUGGUCCGCUAAUUUCCAUCUCAGAAUUUGUGUAAAACAAUCAUUCAGGUGACGCCGUCACACACAAGCAGAGGUCCUGAGCGUGUGCCAUAUAGCGCCUACCGUAGAGCAAAGCUACCAGUACCUACUAUCAUCUCCCAACGCAACUGAGCCAUGAGCGUGAUCAUGUUUGAAACAAGUCAGGGGCUAUGUUUAUAAGUCUCCUUUAAUUGUCUGAAAUGUGUAAAACUACAGACCAUGGCUCCGUAUCUACCUUCAGUUCUGUCAUUAGGCCGGUUCCUGUGACUCACACACACACACACACACACACACACUGGGCAGACGUGCCUUGUCAUUGCCUGUGCUGCUGGUGCCAGCAGUAGACCCUCUUAUGAAUGACAAUUGAGCCCUUCUCUCUCCAAGGAAAGUCAUCGCAGUGAAGGAAAGAGGGGAAGAUGGAAGGGGGCCCACUGACGGGGAGAGUUCUCAGAGGAGUACGAGUGAAAGAGAAGAGGGGAGGAAUAGGAUGAGAGAGAGAGAGUUAAAUUACUGGCAAGUAGACUCAAUGGCUGGAGACUGAACAGCAUCCAUAUAGACUCCCACACCCUGUCUGAAUAGCAGUGAACAAGGCAGGCAACUCAUGUCUCUCACACACACACACAUCCUCACCUCAGAAACUCAAAUGCCAUGUUGACUGUACACAUUGCAGUGAUGUAGCCCUGACCUGCAGGGUAAGUUAGUCCGAGUCUGCGCCUGUGUGACUCAGCUCAGUAUGGCCCCUCCAAGCUUCCAUACUCAGUUGUUAGAGUAGCGGUCACUGAGAAAGGGCAAGGUCAAUGACGUCUGCCAUUUACCUCAAAGUGGGCACACCUUCAAGGCUGGGGCGCCGCCAUCGCUCCUGUGCCGACAGGCUCUACCUCACCUCUGGACACAGGGCAGCAGCCCCCAGCCUCCUCACCCACCCAUCUACACACACACACACACACACACACACACUCUUAAGGAUACUCAACAAACACACAUGUGCAUGGGUGGAAACUCAUAAGCACACAUACAUUAAGACGAAUCCCUCAAACACACAAUCUCAGUACUACCACUCAGUUGAAAUUAAAUACCACUGAAGACAGGAGGGCCUGCCCUUCCCUAUGGGGACCUCAUUGGUUUCACUGACUUCUCUCCUCUUUUUCGGGGGAACGGGGGAUGGUAACCAUUACAUUCGGCUUUUCUCUUUUUUGUUAUGUGGGAUCAAGUGUCACUAUUCAAAUUUGGAGUCCCUAUUUUUUAUUUUUUUCAGUUGAAACAGAAGCCAAUAAAUCACACGACGGAGGAAAUUGCAUGUACAGUCCGGCUGUCGCCAUGGAAGAGGAUUGGCUGGAGAAGCGAUACACCGCGAGCAAGCGGAGAACCCCAAGGUUACCAGGCCGUAGACGGGCGGGUUUAGCACUGUUGAGGGAACAAAAAAAAGUUCAAAGAGACAACCAAUUUUCAUUGAACGCUAAGCAGUAGUUUGUGAACGACUGAACGAGGCGGCGGGAGGGAUGAAUGGAUGGAUGCGUUUCAGCAUUCCAGGGAGCAUGUGGAGGAACGCGUCAGGACAUGGAGCCGAGCGUUGAGUGGGACCAGGAUGGCGGGUACUCAUAGCAGAAGGCCAAGCCUAACUGCAGCAACCUCAACCGCCGUAGGUGGAAUCAACCCGAAAUCGACUGUUACCAGACUUCAGAGCACUCUAGUGGAGCAGCCAGAGCCCCCUCACACUACUGCAGUAGUCCCAACCCCUCUCUCCACCCUCCCCACCCUCAUCAGCAACUAUACAACCCCUAAUCCUCAAACCUAGCUUCAAGUCCUCUGUCAGGCAUGCCCCCUCCUCUGAGAGUCCUGGCCGACUCUGUAUAACAUAGGCCACUGGGACAGGGCUCCCAACUAACCAUGUCACAUUUUCAGUAUUAAACCAACAGCCCUCCUCCCCAACCCUCAUCCACUCUGGGCUGGAGACGUCCCUGGGUGAGGGAGGGAUGGUCCGGGGUCUGUUUGUCACUCAUACACUAUCCUCUCAGCAUUGGUCUCCGCAUUGGUCUCCAAGUCUACCCAGAUCCAGCCCCAGUACAUACUCCUUCCCCUGCCCAACCACCCAUUCACCCAACUCAAUGUAGGAGGCCAACGGUAGGUCUGAAAAAUGUACACCAAACUGAAUCCACGCCUCUCCCUUGUGAGACAAGGCUGGCCAUAACCGCUCACUUAGAGCGGCGUUACCGAAUGAAUGUGAACGGCAAAGCAGCAAUGGGAGCGAGUGAAGGAGAGAGCGUAAGGGAGCGGGACAGAAAGAAGGUGGGGGCAUCAGCCCUUCCUUCCGUCCCUUCGUAUGGCGUGGGUUGGAGGGGGACCGUCGCCCGUGGUCAAAGCUCCGUUAUGAACUCAGAGGACGGGGAGAUGAUCAGGUGAUCUCCCCCUUAACUCCCAGCGAGUCCCCACCUUCGGCUCUCCAUAAAGGAGAGCCACCAACUUUCACAUGGAGACGAUCGGCAACAGAAACAGAAGCGCCAUUCAAUGGAUGCGGGUAUGAAACUCCAAGCUUCGUUGACAAAGAACGAAGUGACAGAAAAAAAAGGUCCUUAGUUCCUGUGAGCCGAUUGGGUGUGUGUGUGUGUGUGAAAUGGUUGGUUGAAAUGCUGCUUUUACCUUCUGAGUUGAAUUUUUAUUGAGAAAGACAUAUAUGAUGAUAAUGUACCCAGAAAAGUGAAAUGAGGAAUAUAUGACUUUAAAAAGACUCCUGAACAAAAGUCGAACUCUUGGAGAUCUUUUUCCCGUCAUUUGUAUCUCAACGUUUUUUUUGUGUGAUGUUUAUGUCAUUAUUUUUUUUUUACGCUUAAACUGCUUUUACGUAAAAAGAGAGAAAAAAAGAACAGCCGUAGUCACUUUUUGACCACGCGUGCAGCGUAACGUAGACAUUUUCCAUCACCUAUAGUUUGUGUUGAUAAGCCAACUGUUCUGUUGUCUGUGCAUCUGUCUGAUUGUCCGUCCCUUUUCAGGAGGAAUUUACAACAAACAAAAAACAGGAAUAUUCUUUAUAUAUAUAUAUAUAUAUAUAUAUAUAUAUAUAUAUAUAUAUAUAAAUAUAAUGUUAGCUUUUUUAUGAAAGAAGACUUUGAAGAAAAAAAAUUCACAAGCAGGAAAGAUAAUGCAACCGGAACUGAAACACAAUCUUCUCAUACCUCACACAACACAAAACUCAAAAAGGAACUUGGGAGGAGUGAUGAUUCACAGGCACAUGUGGAAGUGCGUAAAUGCAUUUAAAAAAUAAUAAUAACAUUGAGGUAUAUAUGUGCUUGUGGGCGUGUACGCAUCUGUAGCGAUUACAAAAAGACUCAACCACAAGCCUUGGCGCUCGCUACCUAUUAAAUUGGUUCUUGGAAGAUUGUGGACACAACGUAAGUAAAGUCUCGCAUCAUCAACAGGUGCUGAAAUGGAUUGCUGGCAGUUGGCCCCUCCCAGGUGUAUCCACGACCAUAGAUAGUGAAGUCAAAUGUGAAUGGCCCAGAGCUUGAGGGGGGGGGGGGG